AUGGCUAAAUAUUGCCAUAAGGCGUCCCCACUCACAGCUAGAGCCUCGGGGAGGUGUAGCCCUACCUGGAAGAGGCUUUUGAAGGCUCGGGCGCAGGCACAACCGCACAUUCGAUGGGUGGUGGGAGAAGGAAAGAUUUUAUUUUGGGAUGAUUUAUGGCUUGGAGAGGUUCCUUUGAGGGAACUUAGUCUCGAUGAUAGGGGAGGCCCUCUUGUUCAUGUUGCUGACUACAUUAUAGAUGGAUCUUGGAAUGAAGCCAAGCUGCGGAUUCUCCAAGCGCAAGCCUGCCUUGCACAACACAUCGUCCGGGAGAUUCUUGACACGCCAAUCAUUUCGGAGGGGCCGGAUGUUCCGAGAUGGAGGUUAUCACAUAAUGGGGAGUUCUCGCUAGCUACAACAUGGGAGACCUUUCGAACCGAAAGGCCGAUCGUCCAGGGCCUCGAUGACAUUUGGAAAGCGGGUCUCAGGUCCUCUAUUGCUAUCUUUGUAUGGAGACUCCUGUCCAACCGCAUCCCGGUGGAUACAAAGCUGCAGUGGAGAAGAAUGGAAUUGGCGUCCAAAUGCCAAUGCUGCCCACAUAGACCGGGGAUCAAAUCCCUCCAACAUCUCUUCAUACAAGGGGAUGGAGAACGCGGGGUAUGGAGGGAGUUUGACUCCUGGUUUGAGGGAUCUUCACCACCCCUCCGGAUCAAUGGCACUAUCAAAGAAAGGCUUGAAGUCUGGGCACGGAGAAUCCAGCAACCCGGCAAGGAACACCUCAGUCGGGUCAUGCCGUAUCUUAUAUUAUGGUUCAUUUGGGCGGAACGGAAUAGGAGCCGCCAUCAAUCGGCGCAAUUUAAGCCAUUCAAUGUGGUUUGGCAAGUACAAGUCUUCAUCAGAAAUAGUAUGGCCAACGGAAUCUACAAGAUGAAGCAUUGGAAAGGAGUUCGCCUCAAAAUCACUAUCCCAAGCCAUGCCGAGCCAAGGAGAACUAGGCCUCUCGCAUUGGCAAUCAAAUGGUACCCGCCGGAUGAUCCCUGGAUCAAGCUCAACACCGACGGUGCAUACAUGGAAGCGUCGGAUAAAGCCGGGGGGAGGAGGAAUUAUCCGAGAUCACAAGGGCAAAAUGCUUACAGCAUUUGCCUCCCCGCUUGCGGCUCACUCGGCCCUUGA